AUAUGCAUAUCAGAUACAUCCUCGUACUAUAUUUACUUCCGGAAAAAACUUAUCUGCUGCUGGUUUGACUGCAGCUACGAAGAGUCAACAGACAAUCUCUAUUGCAAAAGCUAGAAUUCAUGCAGCAUUGAAUGCUCGAACUUCAAUUUUAGCG